AUGCCUCAAUAUACGACGGGUAUACCAUUUCUAUUUGGUAUAGCAGCUGCGUCAUUAGCUACAGGUUACUACCUCGGUCAAACGAUUCCAAAACUGACUCCUACGGUUCCAAAGAAGCCCUCGAGCAAAACUGUUAAAGUCGAAGAUAUUGAUGGCGAUGGUGAAGAAGACGAAGACGAAGAAGAAUCAGACUAUGAAAUAGACUCUACAAACUUAAAUAAUAUGCCUGGGGAAGUUAGAAUGGCUCUUGUCAUCAGACAGGAUUUGAAAAUGGAAAAAGGUAAGAUUGCGGCACAAUGUGCCCACGCUGCGCUAUCUUGUUACCGUUUGAUAACGAAUCCAAAUAAGCAAUCGUACAAUGCAGAACUAUGUAACAGAUGGUUGAACCAUGGUCAAGCAAAGAUUACCUUGAAAUGCCCUAAUAAAGAGGUUAUGGAUGAACUUUACGCCAUGGCUCUAUCUCUCGGAGUGAACGCAACCGUGAUCCAUGAUGCUGGUAGAACCCAAAUUGCUGCUGGAAGUACUACAGUUCUUGGCUUAGGUCCUGCUCCUAAAUCUGUUUUGGAUCAAAUUACCGGUGACUUAAAAUUAUAUUAA